AUGAUGCUCACGGCCGCUGCUGGGCAUAUUUGGUGCGGACAGCCAGACCUUGCCUCAUCCGACCAGCCUCCGUGCGGGGGAGAGGGCUGGGAUCCUCCUCUCGAUGCAAGGACCCAUGAGGUUGUGCCAGAUAUGGAGAUUGGCACCGACUUCCUUCGCCUCUCCCGAGAGAUUAUGCACCCCGACCCCAGCAAUCGACGGCGUAAACGCGUCUCCAGCGCUGGCCGUCUUCUGGCUUGCCCUCAUACCCCCGUAGGUGUUGUGGAUUAUCUCCAGUUUGCCUGCAGGACAGCAUGUUCAUCCAGAAUGCUCGGUGACUUCGGCGGGUUCGUGUCUGCCUCUCAUCCAUCCCCCCGGCAGGGUUUUCUAUAUGAGGUCGACGAUCCCCCUCCUUCUUGUCUCCCAGAUUCCCCUGAGCCUACACAGGAGAUCAAUUGGGUUUCAACGGUAGCGAUCCUUCUCCAGUUUCUGGGCUGGGAUUCCCUGUUCUAUUAG